GCCAGGACAGUGAGCUCUGAGAUGCUGCUGCCCCUGCUGCUGCUGCUGUGGAUGCAGGGAGAAGGGCAGUGGGGGCUGGGAAGAGCUGAGCGUCGUUUACCCUCAAGGUGCUCGCUUGACAGUCUGAGCUACAGGCUGGAGGUGCCCAAGUCAGUGAGUGUCCAGGAGGGCCAGUGUGUCCUCGUGCCCUGCAAAAACCCGGACUCUCGAGUGAACUCCAUGACUGUCCCUAGCUACUGGUUUGAGGAAGGGGCUGAUAUAAGUCAUGACUCCCCUGUGGCCACAAAUGACCCCCAACGCCAAGUGCAGGAUAGAACUCAGGGCCGGUUCCGCCUCUUCCUGAAGACACAGCCCAAGAACUGCUCCCUGCACAUCAGAGACGCACAGAAGGGUGACAGUGGCUCAUACUUCUUUCGGGUGGACUCAGGAAGUGUACAAUGGAGUUACUGUGCAGACCUGGUCUCUGUGAAUGUGACAGCCCUGACCCACACCCCCGACAUCCUCAUCCCUGGGACCCUCAUGCCUGGCCGCCCCAGCAACCUGACCUGCUCUGUGCCCUGGGCCUGUAAGCAGGGGACACCCCCCAUCUUCUCCUGGAGGUCAGCUGCCCUCACCACUCUGGGUCCCAGGACCAGCCACUCCUCUGUGCUCACCCUGAGCCCCAGGCCCCAGGACCAUGGCACCAACCUCACGUGUCAGGUGAUGUUCCCUGCUGUUGGUGUGAGCGUAGAGCAGACCGUGCUGCUCAACGUCAGUGGGAACCACAAGACGAAAGCCAUAUCGGGAGUGGUUCAGGGGGCCAUCGGAGGAGCUGGUGUCACAGCCCUGCUCGCUGUCUGUCUCUGUGCCAUCUUCUUCAUAGUGAAGACCUUCAAGAAAAAAGCACCCACAACAGCAGGGGACACGAAGCACGGUGAAGCCGCCACCAAGCCAGGCUCGCUGGCGCACCCCCCGGAGUCUCCAGCUGGGCCCCCAGCAGCCCCAGAGGCCACGCCUGCCUCAGGGGAGGACUUCGAGCUCCACUACGCGUCGGUGACCUUCCACCCUCGGAAGGAACCCUCCACCGAGUACUCCACGAUCAGGCCCCACGGAAGGGCUGACGAGAACGCGGGUCUGAGCCAGGACUCUUAGCCCCUGCUGGACACCUUAGCCCCCGAAGGCUGACUCCUGGUGCUGCGACCUCCUCACGGAUGCCGAGUUGCUAAACGGCUGCAGUGAGUUUCCCGUGACGUGAAUCUUAAGACUUUGCAGUCAGAGAGGGUUGGGUGAGUCCUCUGCGCUCCUGUUUUC